CGCGAAGCCGGCCCAUGGAGUGGCAGAUCCCGACGAUCCGCGCGCUGAAGCGGCAGUCGCAGGUAGACGAAGCGCAGCGUAUCCUCGAGAGGAUAGCAUCCUACGUGCUUCCGAUCAUGACCAAGCGCCAGUACCGCGUGCAGCAGCUCCUCGAGUUCUUCCCAAAGAAUGCCAACUUGCUCGGGAUGAACGUCAACCAUGGAUGGAAGAUCUACGUGCGCCUGCGUCCGGCGGAGCGGCCCACGAGCUUCCUGCCGUUCGAGCACCUUCUCGGGACGAUGCUCCACGAACUUGUGCACAUGAAGAUCGGACCUCACAACGCAGCCUUCUACAAGCUUCUGGACGAGCUGACGUCGGAGAUGGAAUCCCUCAUGGCCCAAGGACUCAUCGGUAUCACUGGCGCGCAGUUCCAAAACGCUGGCCAAGGACAUGCGCUUGGCGGCGCCAACGCGAGAAACGUUGCCAAGGCCGCCGCCGACGCUGCGAUACAGCGCAUGCGGCACCAAGCGCUUGUGGGCGCCAACGGCUCGUGUCGUCUCGGCGGCGAUGCGUCGGCCACAGCGGCGAGCUUGACCCCUGCGAUGCUCCGACAGAAAGCACUCAAGGCCGCCGAGCGACGACGACACGACCAACUAACCUGCGGUACGCACGACGAGCCCAGUCGUCAGAUUGGAGAGGCCGCGCCCGAGCCGUACGACGGGUGGAGCUGUGACCAGUGCACGUUUCUCAACGACGAGCGGCAGUCGGUCUGCGCCAUGUGCGGUGCCGGUACCAAGAAGCGCAAGCGCUCAAUGGGGGCGGUCGUGAACCUCGCCGCGUCGCCACCGCGGCCACCUCGGCAACCGCCCGGUGCCCCUACUGUCAUCGACCUAACGUGACUAAAAACACACAACCAUCGCUUGGCAUUCGCUUAGAGCUCGUUGCUGAAGCGAGGCACGCCGCUCGGGCGGCGGUCCACGGCCGCCUCCGACUUGAAGAUGCCUUUUCCAAAGUACUCUGCAAUCGUGUUGAAGCCGUCGGCCGCCGUCUCGAGCUACACAUGCCCAUGAGAUCUCUACAAUCACCGACACGACGUACUUGGUUGAAAAACUGCUCGUGGUUGCCAGCCUUGACUUCGAGCGACUGCUUCAAGCUCAACAAGUGGCGGUGCUCGGGCGCACACGUGAUACACUCGCGCUCCGUCUCGGAAAUGCAAUUCUACGACACGUUCGUCCAAGAUUGUCGAUGCAAGUAGAUCCAAGUCGUGGCUGCAGAGGUCGCACUUGGUGGCUUGGAAGACCAUCGCCUUGGACGAGAGACCGGCCAUUUGCGUGCGCAUCUUGGCCGUGUCUUGCUUGUACUUUUUGAUCUCGUCGCUGUCGGCGUCAAUGUGCGCCUGGUCCUUCUUGAGCUGGCUCACGACGUACGGCCGCACGACCGAGAGCGGCAUCUCGCGCGAUUGGCUCAAGAUCGACACCUACAGCCCACACGUAUCAACUUGAUAGCUCGAUACUAUAAUGCGACGCACCACUUGAAGCGGCGGAAUCUGCAACGUCGGCGUCACGUCCACGAGCGCGAGCAGCUGCUUGAGCUCGCUCCACUCGUCCGUCGAGCGCACCGACGAGCCUUUGGGAUACGGUCCGCGCUCGGCAAAGUACCGCAGCGCCAGCAGCCAGAGAUUGCUGUCGGUUUGCUGCUUGACGAGCUCGAGCACAGCCGCGUCUUCGCCCUCUUCCAUGUGGUGCUGCAGGAGCAUGUGGUACAUGUGCAGCUUCUGGUACAGAUACCGCUUGCCCUGCUUGAGCCCGUGCAUCUGCAUCAAAAUGAGCGCGUGGUCUUCGUCGUACUUGACGCGCGGGUUGUCGAGGAGCGAGAGGACCGCGGCUUCGGUCGUCACGGGCGACGGCGCUUCGUGCACUUCCGGCUCUUCGCUGUCGUCGUCCUUGGGCACGUCGCGCUUGUGCGUGUCGUUGAGGACCAUCUCGAGCAGCGUGUUGCCAAUCGACGUGUUGCUGACGCUUUCGACUUGGACAAUGUACUCGAGAAACUCGCGAAGUUGCGUGCGGUGCGACACAAAGAGGUGCAAAAAGUCACCUAGACACGCCACCUUAGCUCUCGCCACCAUGCUCGUCGCCGUACCAGGGUCCGACUUGGCGUUGGUCGUAGCCGAGAAGCGACCCGUGCACAGCUGCUGGAGAAGCUCUGUCGUCGGGCCCGGGAGAUGCGUCACAAGCGUGCGGCCAUAUUUGCGCAGAUUCAUAUCGGCCUCGGCAAACGACAGUCCUAUCGGUCGCUUUAUAAACAUGUCGCAUAGUCUUUUCGAGAACG